GCAGGAGGCUCUUCCGGCAACAAAGAGACGGGGCAGCGGCCCGGGAUAAAUACUGCGCUCCCGCAGCCGCGCAGCAUUCCCGGAGUCAGGACGCGACACGCGACCCUCCUCAGCGCCUGAUCCCCUGUGAGUGCAAGGACCCUCGCGCCCACCCAGGACCCGCAACCCUCCACAUCAGUUCCCCGACUCUUGUUCCAGUUGCCGCCUGCGUUCCCCAGCGUCUUCCCAGAGCGGCGCAUCCCCUGGGCAAGCCAGGCCGGUUCCUGGCUGUCGAUCCGUCCUAUCCGUCGGUCGCGUCCGCUCUCGGUACCAUGCCGUUCCUUGGUCAGGACUGGCGGUCCCCGGGCCAGAGCUGGGUGAAGACGGCGGACGGCUGGAAGCGCUUCUUGGAUGAGAAAAGCGGCAGCUUCGUGAGCGACCUCAGCAGUUACUGCAACAAGGAGAAUCUGUUCAACAGCCUGAACUACGAUGUUGCAGCCAAGAAGAGGAAGAAAGACAUACAGAACAGCAAAACCAAAACUCAGUAUUUCCAUCAGGAGAAGUGGAUCUAUGUUCACAAAGGGAGUACUAAGGAGCGCCAUGGAUACUGCACUUUGGGGGAAGCUUUCAACAGACUGGACUUCUCGACUGCCAUCCUGGAUUCCAGAAGAUUCAACUACGUAGUAAGGCUGUUGGAGCUGAUAGCAAAGUCACAACUCACAUCCCUGAGUGGCAUCGCCCAAAAGAACUUCAUGAACAUUUUGGAAAAAGUAGUACUGAAAGUUCUUGAAGACCAGCAAAACAUAAGACUCAUACGGGAACUUCUCCAGACCCUCUACACAUCCUUAUGCACGCUGGUCCAGAGAGUCGGCAAGUCCGUGCUGGUGGGCAACAUCAACAUGUGGGUGUAUCGAAUGGAGACCAUUCUACACUGGCAGCAGCAGCUCAACAGCAUCCAGAUCAGUAGGCCGGCCUUCAAAGGCCUCACGAUCACCGACCUGCCUGUGUGCUUACAACUGAACAUCAUGCAGAGGCUGAGCGACGGGCGGGACCUGGUCAGCCUGGGCCAGGCAGCCCCAGACCUGCAUGUGCUCAGUGAAGACCGGCUACUGUGGAAGAGACUCUGCCAGUACCACUUCUCAGAGCGGCAGAUCCGCAAGCGAUUGAUCUUGUCUGACAAAGGGCAGCUGGAUUGGAAGAAGAUGUAUUUUAAGCUUGUGCGAUGUUACCCAAGAAGAGAACAGUAUGGGGUCACCCUGCAGCUUUGCAAACACUGCCACAUUCUCUCCUGGAAGGGUACUGACCAUCCAUGCACGGCCAACAACCCAGAGAGCUGCUCCGUCUCACUUUCACCCCAAGACUUUAUUAACUUGUUCAAGUUCUGAACACGCACACGCCAACACUUCAGAAGGCCCCUGAUUGGAUGGUUGGGAGUCUGGACACUUCGUUUGUAAAUAGUGUACAUUUGAAGCAUUGGCCUGAAACUGCUGGGCUACGUCAUGGAGAAGACAACGGUGGGAAGAGAUGCGGUUGCCAAUGGAAACUUACAAAUGUGAAUUUCACAUUACAACUGGUACAGAAAAGCAAAAAAUACUGUAAAUAGACGUUUCCCCCCCCCACCCAUAACAAUUUGCAAGCAAGACUAUAAGGGCAAGAACUCUGUGUCCGCCAUGAACAUGGCGUCCUCUUAAGUUCCCUAGGAAGAAAAAGGCAAAACUCAAAGACAAGAUGGAACACUCUUUAUAAUGUGAAAAUGCUAUUGGGACAAAACAAGGAAGAAGGAGAAGGAAAGCUACGAUUGAGAAACCCUUGGGCUUUGGGUUUGGAUUCGGGGUUUGCUUUGAAGACGCAAAGAAGUCCACCCACCUGAAAUCUGCAUGGGCCUGAGUCCUUAGCCUAUGAAGAUGCCACACAAUGGUCUACCUCUAAAAGCAUAGCGUGCUCUCUGGCAGCAUACAUUAUCUAGCAGGCAAAGUCUGUGUUUCAUGUAAGUUCUAUACUCUGUAAAGUGUUCUAAGCUGGGAAGGCUGGCAGAAAGAAAGAAAAAAGAGCCCUGUCUUGUUCUGACUUCCUGAUCCCCCAACCCCUCUCAGUACCUUCGUCUUUUUUCCUUCCAUGGUGUAGCUCCUGUUGGGAACCAGGAGACCAGUUAAAGAGCAGCAGAAGCCAUGAAGAGAGAAUUAGGCUCUGCAACACUCUCAGUUUAACUCUUCCUUCUCCCAGCCUAACUUCUGGGCCUGUCUGGGCUUCUUGGGUGUCUUCAUGGAUAAGUGAAUAUCUGGGACCUUUAGUGGAGCCUGUGAACUGAGGCCUGAGAGACACGUUUUUUUCAUACUAGUCAGCUAAACAUUCUGACAGCGGCUGCUUCCCCUGGGCGGGGCAGUGAGCUGAGGCACUGUCUGUUCUUUAGGUCCAACAUUAAACUUGAGUCAUCCUGAACUGGGACUUUUCACAGAGGCGUGAUUUAAAAGAAAGCCUGGAGUUCCGGCCAGAUAGACGUGUUUCGGGACCGAGUUAGAACAAAGAAAAUUAAAAGAAAAAGGAUCCCAGGGGUUCUUUCGAGGCAGAGACAUGAACACUGUGGAAAAAAGGAGAUCUCAGGGCUUAAGGAGUUAAUUCCUGGGGUGGGGGAAAUGUUUUCAUUUUUUACUUUUUAUAGAGUGUUGCUUUUCUACAAUGUACAUAUAUUUGCAACUGUAUUUGCUUUUUUUUUUAAAUCUCCAAAUAAAAUUGCCACUAUGCAUGCCCUUGGCAAAAUAAGCA